AUGUCCUUAUCCUCUCGAGAUUCCUCCGCAAGUCAGUCUGAUUCUUCUAACGACGAAUGGUCGUCGUCGGAGGAAGAAGAAGAAGAAGAAGAAGAAGAAGUGCGUGUUACCCCCAAGUUCAUUUCAAAGAGAAAAGACAAGACAACAGCUGGACCUAAUACUUCCGGCAAUGGUACCUCUGACGAAACGAGUGACGAGCGCAAAAGAGCAGCUCUCUUGUCUCGACUAGACAAUAUACAAGAGAAGGGAGAGGAGAAAACAGAGGACAGCAAGGAGAGUGACAUCCAUCAAGUCGAUGAUACUGACGAUUUGGAUCCAGAGUUGGAGUACGAGAACUGGAAGCAACGCGAAAGGGCAAGAUUCUUAAGAGACCAUUCAAGAUAA